GCAUUGUGUAUGUUUCGCACAGGCAUUUGCUGCUCGCCCUGCAUAUCCACCACCAACAACCAACCAAAGGCAACAACGAAGAUGGACUACGACGAGGACAUCCCCGACGAGGAAAAGGUGCAAAUCGCCAAGGACUUCCUGGCAAACGCACCGCCCGGCGAGUUCAACGAAGUCUUCAACGAUGUUCGCGUGCUUCUCGACAACGACGCGCUCCUCAAGCAAGCCGGCGAGGAGGCGUUCAGCACGUACAACGAGGACCAGUUUAUGAUCGCCAAGGUUGACGAGGACAAUGUUCUGGUGACGACGGCUGGUCGCACUGCCGAUGGUCGCUACAAGCACCCUUCCAAGUCAAAGGUCUUUUCCUUCGACCACCUCCGUCGCACCGUCGACGAGAUUGCGGAUGGUGAGGCGCCUGGUCAGGCGAGCCUUCGCGAUGAGGUUGAAGCCGCCGCACACGACUACGCCAAGGAAGAACACAGGAGAGCGUGCGUUGCUCGAUGA